CGCCGCCUGCAGCGUCAUCUUCACGGCUGCUGUGACGGCCCCCACCAAGCGAUGACAGUACGCGUGGACAUCCACCCUCAGGUGUCUUGGCUAAGCGUGAAGAAAUGGAAAAGAAGAAGCCCCACGAUAGGUGACGCUGGGUGGGGAGGUCACCAGAUCCAGCCGGUUGAAUAUAUCCGCAUGCAUCGAUGAAGGAGAAUGUAUAAGAUAUAGACUCUCCUCGACCAUUCCGGUCGAUCUCGUCAACCUAAUCUCUAUUCCUCAUAUUGAUCGAGUUCAUCUCUGACGGAAAUGAAAUUCCUCCUCCUCACCACCGCCUACCUGCUCAGCAGCACCACGCUGGCCGCCCCCGGCUCCAGGCUUGCAGAGCGCCUCCACCGACGGUCCCUCUUGCGGCAAACACACGCACUAGACCCUAGUCCAAACGCCACGCAAGAAGACGACGGCGACGGGGGACAGUUCCGCAAGGCGGGUGCCAAUGUCGCCUACAGCAAUAACUGGGCGGGCGCCGUGCGCGAGAAGCCCCCACCCGAGGGCCCCUACACGGCUGUCACAGCGACGUUUGCCGUCCCCGCGCCGACGGCCGUCAGCGGGCAAGAGACCGAGGCUGGCUCCGCGUGGGUGGGCAUCGACGGCGACACGUACAGCGCGGCGAUCUUGCAGACGGGGGUAGACUUUUACGACGAGGGCGGCAAGACGCGCAACAAUGCCUGGUUCGAGUGGUACCCGGAACACGCGGUGGACUUUGAGGAGUUAACUGUCAACACGGGCGAUGUGAUCGUUGCCAUCGUGGAGUCGUUCUCGCCGUAUCGCGGCUUGGCUGUGAUUGAGAAUCGGUCGACGGGCAAGAAGGUCAGUCGGGUGGUGAGUGCGCCCAAUGCGCAGGCGACGCUGAAGGGCGAGAACGCCGACUGGGUCGUCGAGGAUUUCCAGGCGGGUGAGUCGAUGGUUGCGUUGGCCGACUUCAGCGAGGUUGUCUUCUGGGGUGUCGAGGCCAGGGCGGGUGGACGGCGGUUUAAUGCGGAUGGCGCGACGGUGAUCGAGUUGCAGCAGGGGGAUAAGAUCUUGACGGAGGUUACGGCGCAGGGGGACCUGGUGUCGGUGAAGUAUAAGUCAUUCUGAUCAGGGGUAUCAUGUAUCUUCUUGGUGUCUUUGGUGUCUUUGGUGUAUACGAUGGAGAGCUCGGGCUGCAUUACCCCGAGCCCCGCUUGAUAUGCG